CUUUUUCUAUUUAAGCACCCAACUAAACCCUCCUCUCUCUCACAACUCUCUCCUUCUCUCUCCCUCUGUGUCUCUGCUUCAAGUUCAAAAUCAAUCAUGUCUGUUCUCAGCGAUCUCAUCAACCUCAAUCUCAGCGAAACCCCUGACAAAAUCAUAGCCGAAUACAUAUGGAUCGGCGGAUCUGGUAUGGACAUGAGGAGCAAAGCAAGGACUUUGCCUGGUCCCGUUACUGAUCCUUCUAAACUCCCGAAGUGGAACUACGAUGGCUCCAGCACUAACCAGGCCCCUGGAGACGACAGUGAAGUCAUCUUGCAUCCUCAGGCGGUCUUUAAGGAUCCGUUCAGAAGGGGAAACAACAUCCUGGUUAUGUGCGACGCCUACACGCCGGCCGGGAAACCGAUUCCGACCAACAAGAGGUUCAAUGCUGCUAAGAUCUUUAGCCAUCCCGACGUCGUUGCCGAAGAGCCAUGGUAUGGAAUAGAGCAGGAGUAUACCCUUCUCCAAAAGGACGUGCAUUGGCCUCUAGGCUGGCCAGUGGGUGGCUUUCCCGGCCCGCAGGGACCCUACUAUUGUGGAACAGGAGCCGACAAGGCAUUUGGCAGGGAUAUCGUGGAUUCCCACUACAAAGCCUGUCUUUAUGCUGGGAUCAAUAUCAGCGGAAUCAAUGGAGAGGUUAUGCCUGGCCAGUGGGAAUUCCAAGUAGGUCCAGCUGUUGGUAUUGCUUCUGGUGAUCAAUUGUGGGUUGCCCGAUACAUCCUCGAGAGGAUCACGGAGAUUGCAGGAGUUGUCCUGUCAUUUGAUCCCAAACCAAUUAAGGGUGAUUGGAAUGGCGCUGGCGCCCACACUAAUUACAGCACCAAGUCCAUGAGAAACGAUGGGGGCAUUGAUGUUAUCAAGAAAGCGAUUGAGAAACUAGGAUUACGCCACAAGGAGCACAUUGCUGCCUAUGGAGAGGGCAACGAAAGAAGAUUGACAGGUCACCAUGAGACUGCAGACAUCAACACUUUCUCUUGGGGAGUUGCCAACAGAGGUGCCUCAAUCCGUGUUGGUCGUGACACGGAAAAAGCUGGAAAAGGUUACUUCGAAGACAGAAGGCCAGCAUCGAACAUGGAUCCCUAUGUUGUGACUUCGAUGAUUGCGGAAACCACAAUCCUCUGGAAGCCUUAGAAAGGAAAGUAAGUGCACAGAUUGGAUAAUGAAGAUGAAUGAGGGAGGGACACAAGUUGUUUCAAUUACUCCACAUAAAAUCUUUCUCUCAACUCUCAACCUUAUUUCUUUAAUGCGCAUAUAUAUAUAUAUGUGCUGUCUUGAAUUGAUUUGGUUGUUCAUCAAACUUUGUUUACUUUUUUUGUUAAUUUAUUUUUCUCAUAGUUUUCCGGGCAGUUGUCUGCUCCUCUCUGCUUCUGCUUUGAUUGUUCAAAGGGAAACCAUGUUAUGUUAUUUAAAUAAAUUGCUAGUUUAGAUGCUUAA